AUGCUCGACUUCAUGGAUGCUCUUUUAGUUGCCAGCCCCGGCUCAAUUGCAGUCCUUGGACUGCUGCUAGUUGGUGGCUUGUAUGUGCUUCUGAGUUCGCCCUCUCAUCCGGUCCUCAAUGGGAAAGGGCCACUGGAGUUUCGAGAUACCCAUGCGCAGAAGCGGUUUCUGUCCAAUGCGCGCAACCUGAUCAGCUCGGGCCUCGCAAAGUGGCCGGCUUUUAACCUAGUCACCGAGACCGGAUACAGACUCGUUCUGGACCCCAAGUAUGCGCAAGAGAUUCGGAGUCAUGAGGCGCUGAGUUUUGGCAAAGCAAUCGCGCUCGACUUUCAUGCCCAUAUUCCAGGGUUCGAGCCCUUUGACCAGGGGACCAGGUCGGACGAGAUCGUCCAGGAUGCUGUUAGAAUGAAGCUUACCCAGAGCCUCGGAUCUGUGACGAAGCCAUUGUCCGAUGAGACGACGGUUGCCCUGCAAAAGAACUGGACGGACAAUGCUGAUUGGCACACGAUUCCUCUCAAGCACACUAUCCUGGACAUUGUUGCUCAGCUGUCAUCCAAGGUCUUCCUCGGUGACCAAAUCUGCCGCGACCCCGACUGGCUACGAAUUACUGUUGCCUAUACUAUUGAUUCAUUCUUGGCCGCUGAAGCACUGCGCAUGUGGCCGGCGUUCAUGCGGUCUAUUGUCGCCCCGUUCUCUCCCAAGGUCCAGAAGAUUCGGGCGCAGCUUGAGGAAGCGCGUAGUAUUAUUAUUCCUGUAUUGGAGAGGCGCAAAGCAGAGAAACAGGCUGCUAUUGCGAAUGGCGAGACUCCCGCUCGGUACAACGACGCCAUGGAGUGGAUGGAACAGUGCGCAAAGGGACGGCCUUAUGACGCGGCUGUGUCACAGUUGUCCUUCUCACUCGCUGCGAUCCAUACCACUUCCGACAUGCUGACGCAGGUGCUGUACGACAUUUGCGGUCAUGAAGGUUUGAUUGACGAACUGAGACAGGAGGUUCUCACCGUCAUUGAGGCGGAAGGAUGGCAGAAGACGACUUUGUACAAGCUGAAGUUAAUGGACAGUGUGCUGAAGGAAAGCCAACGAGUAAAGCCAAUUGGAAUCGCCACCAUGCACCGCCUGGCCGGGGAAUCCAUCAAGCUUUCUGAUGGCACCGUCAUCCCCAAGAACUCCAACUUGAUGGUUUCUGGGCAGCGGAUGUGGGAUGAGAGCAUCUACCCCUCCCCUGAAAAGUUCGACCCCUACCGCUUCCUCAGGCUGCGGGAGACUCCCGGCAAGGAGACCUCUGCUCAGCUGGUAUCGCCGUCACCUGAGCAUAUGGGCUUUGGAUUCGGAAAGCACGCGUGCCCGGGACGCUUCUUUGCGGCAAACGAGAUCAAGAUUGCACUCUGCCACAUGUUGCUAAAGUAUGACUUCCGAUUGACAGAGCAAUGGAAGAACCCCCGGCCGAUUGCAAGGGGGAUGGGACUGAGUGCCGAACCCAGAGCGGAGAUGGAGAUCAGAAGAAGGACCGAGGAGAUCAACCUGUGA